GAGAAUUGAAGGAUGGGGAGGAUAUUUGUGGUGGAUCUUGAAGGCAGGACUUACAACUGCAAAUUCUGCAAAACCCACCUAGCUCUUGCUGAUGAUCUUGUUUCCAGGGCAUUUCACUGCCGCAGAGGAAAAGCUUACCUAUUCAGUAAUGUGUGAGGUGAAUAACAUGGUUGGACCUCUGGAAGAAAGGAUGAUGCUCUCGGGGAUGCAUACUGUUGCAGAUAUAUUUUGUUGCUGCUGUGGGCAAAUAAUCGGCUGGAAAUAUGAGGCUGCACACGAGAAAAGCCAGAAGUACAAAGAAGGGAAAUUCGUCCUCGAAAGAGGGAGGAUCAUAGAUGGAGGAGACUCAGAAUUCUACAUAGGAAAUCACCCCAUCUUGAGUGAUGCAGAAGAUGCAUAGAAGAGAUGAAUUAGUUUGUGAUCUAAGUGUAUGUUGUACUCAAACUUUGGCAGUAUGUAUUGUGCUUGCAGAUAUGGAAUCAACAACAAAUUGCUGCCUGCUUAUGUAUUUCAUUUUUUUUUU